AAAAGAAGAAGAAACACAGAGAGAAAAGAUUAGUUUAAUUAAUCUCUUAAAUAUACCCAAAAACAAAUAAAACUAAUCCUUUUCUCAUCCAAUCAAGUCUUCUAUUACAAUUCUCAUUCUGAGGUUUCUUGUUCUUGUUCUUGUUCUGGUUCUUGUAAUUGCUUGAAGUUAAGAUUUUUGGCUUCUCUGUGUUCCAGAUUUCAGCAAAAAAUGGAAUCGAUAUCGAGAUUCUUCUGGGUUAGAAGCUUGGAUCCAAUCUGAAGAAGCUUUUGAUUCUUGAUUCUUGCCCCCAUUUUUUCUGAGAAGAUGUUUGAAGGUCGACCUCGUGAUUCUUGUCUAGUUUCAACUCUUUUCACCAUGCCAAGCCAUAAAGAAACGAAAUGGAGCUUUUUGGUUUCUGGGAAACGAUCUUUUCUAAGCAGCGACGAGAACGAUCUUCACCUCAAGAAGAUGUACAAGCUCACUGAUUCAAGCCAAGCUGGAGACAACGGAUCUUCAGAUUCGGGAACGCUUAUCCCAGGGAUGAACAAAGACGAUUCCAUUAGCUGUUUGAUUCGUUGCUCUAGAGCUGAUUACUGCUCCAUUGCCUCUGUGAAUCGUAGCUUACGUGCCCUGAUUCGAAGUGGUGAGAUUUACAGACUCAGGAGGCUGCAAGGGACGCUUGAGCAUUGGGUUUACUUCUCGUGCCAUCUCAAUGAAUGGGAAGCUUUUGAUCCGAGGUCGAAACGGUGGAUGCAUUUGCCGAGCAUGCCUCAGAACGAGUGUUUCAGAUACAGUCUUUUGACCAACUCUUGGUCUACUGGGAAGAGUAUGAACAUGCCUAGAUGUCUGUUUGGCUCUGCUAGUUAUGGAGAGAUUGCUGUUUUAGCUGGUGGCUGUGAUUCGAGCGGUAGGAUUCUUGAUACUGCUGAGAUGUAUAACUAUGAGGAUCAGACUUGGUCGGUGUUACCGGGGAUGAACAAGCGUAGGAAAAUGUGUUCUGGUGUGUUUAUGGAUGGCAAGUUUUAUGUCAUUGGUGGGAUUGGUGUUGGGGAAGCCAAUGAGCCAAAGGUUUUGACUUGUGGCGAAGAGUUUGAUUUGAAGACUAGGAAGUGGACAGAGAUUCCUGAGAUGUCUCCACCGCGGUCUAACCAGGGGAACGGUAUGUCUGCAGCUGCGAUGGCUCCACCGCUUGUAGCGGUUGUGAAUGAUCAGCUUUACGCGGCUGAUCAUGCGGGUAUGGCUGUUAGGAGGUAUGAUAAGGAGAAACGGGUUUGGAACCAAGUUGGGAACUUGCCUGAGCAAGCGGGUUCGAUGAACGGUUGGGGGUUAGCGUUUAGAGCUUGUGGGGAUCAAGUUAUAGUGAUUGGUGGACCAAAGGCACCAGGUGAAGGGUUCAUUGAGCUUAACUCAUGGGUUCCAAGUAAAGCAACACCAGAGUGGCAUUUACUCGGCAAGAAACAAUCGGUUAACUUCGUUUAUAACUGUGCCGUGAUGAGCUGCUAAAGAAGCGAAAUAAAAACCGCGAAAACCCGGUGUACCGGCAUAGAGAAUUUUACCGGGUGGGGGAAGAUGUUGUUUGGAUGUAGCCGUCUUUAACAGGGUAUAAAAACACACAGGCUUAUUAGUUUUAACAACCUACAAAAAAAAAAAUUGUUGUUUCUGUAACUCAUUGUAAUUGUGUAGUUUCCUGUUGAAUCCUAUCUUUUGAUCUUACACUACUUCAAUGGAUCUUUCUCUUUCUCUAAUGA